CUGACUAACUCGCACGGGUUCUCGCUCUCUAGUUGCUUUUUCGUAUUUUAUAUCUCACUUAAUUUCUCGUAAAAUACAAGAAGUAUGACAACAAACCUAUAUUUCAGCCUCCGAGAAUUCUAUGUACUUCCAGUAAAUAUAAACCCACGGACUUUGAAUAAAAUAUGAUCUUAAAAGGGUAUACAUAAAUGAAAACGUAUUGCAACUUAACGUCAGAGAUAAAAUAACUGUGGUGUGACGUUUUAUCACACUGCUCGGAUCCGCUAAAACUGAAUAACAUUGAUAAAACAACAGAACACCAGUACUGAAAAUGACUAUCAUUUCGAAAGUGACUGAAAACCGUUUCUGAAAAUGAAGCCUGAACUCCAGCCGAGACCUGCAGAGAGAGGGGAAAGGCCCAGGGAAAACGAAAUCGAAUGCGAAAACGUAUUGCGGCUCCCGACUGCGCAGGGAAAUGACGUUCUGGUGUGGUUGUAGAGCAGAAUACGACUGGCGAGGUAGUUAUGCUGUGGAGACAGUUGCUUCAUGCUUUUUUCACAGAAAAUGUUUGGCCAGGCUUCAUGGAUUGCUGGAGUGUUGCAGGCACUGGUACUUACACUGAUGCCUCUUGCAUCUCCUGUGCUGAGGCAAGAAGAUGAAAAUCUUUGGAGGUAUUAUGCUGCAGUUAUGCGGGUCAUGAGGAAGGUUGUCCAUCUAGUGUUCACACUUCUUCGUCCAGCAAAUAACCAAACACCAAAAGAACUCUUGUUUGCUCUUCCAAACUUUUCUGUUGCUCAGUAUAACAGGCUUGGGGAAGCUAUGAGACAUAAACUGGACAACAAUCAGCCUACUGAGGAAUAUGAUAUUACAUUGCUCUAUAUGUUGCUUCAGAAAGUGUGUGGCCUUCCAAACCAGUGGUCAACACCUGGAACACUGGAGAAUAUUCUUAAAAUAAUGAAAGACAAGCGGAAUGAACUAGCUCAUGAAGAUCUUAGGUUGACUAGCCAAGAUCUAGAAAGCCGCAUAUUAUUACUGAAAAACCUUUGUCGGCAGGCCCUAUUGAUGACUAGUCAGCAAACUGGAUGUCCACUUGAUAAUGAAAUAAGAGAGAUGGAGGAAGGAAUGGAAAAAGCAUUAAGAGAAGGGGUGCAUAUGUGGGAACCAUACAGACUAGGCCUUACUGAUCUUAGGCAACAAAAGUCCAAUAUUAUGAUAAGAGAAGGCAAAAAAGAAGUCAGAAGUCUUUCACAGAGGCUUCAUAUCCUCAAUCCAUUUGCAUGGCUAUUAGAAAGAGAAUUUUCUCAACAUACAGUAAGUGAUGUAUUUACAGAGUUAACUCUCAAGAGCCAAGAGAUAGUGGAGAUGAAAAACUUGUUAGUUACAGAAUUACCUUCAGGAGGAUUUCCUGAAACUAUCAUAAUAUGUGGCCCACCAGGUAUUGGGAAAACCAGCUUCAUGAGGUUUAUUUUACAUGACUGGCUCUCUGGUGCCCCUGAACUCCAAGGUCUUAAUGCCUUUGAUCUACUAUUACUUGUAGAGGCUCGACAUGUCAUGAGUAAUAAUGUUUGUCAGUUGCUGAGGCACGAGUUGCUGCCGCAAACCUGUAAACUUCUAGAAGAUGAUGAUGUUGUGUCAACACUGCAAGAAUUAUCUGUGCUGUGGCUCUUAGAUGGUUAUGAUGAGGCAUCAGUAAAUACUAAGCAAGUCAUAAAGGAAAUUAUAAGAAAAUUUUCAUGCUCUAAGAUAAUAAUUUCCACAAGAACUGAAUGUACAAAGGAAGUUGAAAUGGCUAUCAGUGAUUUUCAUCUAAGUCACAUAGUGUUUCAGGUUGUUGGGUUUUCCACAAACAACAUUAAGGCAUGUGCUAAGAAACUUUUGAAUUUAUAUAUAACCAGAGAAAAUUUGCAGAAAGAAAAUCUAGAAUUGUUUUUGGGUUUUCUAGAUAGACAUAAUUUUGAAAUGAAAGGUAUUUUUAGGGUUCCAUUAUUCCUAACAAUUUUAGCAUUAUUAUGGAGUGACAAUGCUUCUGAAAUAUCAAAGGCUACAACUUCUACAAAGAUCUUGAUGGUUCUUGUGGAUCAUAUAGUCAAGAAAAUGAUCACCAGACAACCAUUUAAGAGAUCAGGUCUAAGUGACAGAAAUCUGAAAAGGAGAGUUGAUUCAUUCCUUGAUGAUUUAGGAUAUGCAUUGUUAAAUGAAAUGAAUUUUGAUGCCAACAGUGAAUCAAUUGAAAGGCUAGAGGAAAGAUGUGAAGAACUUGGACUACCCUUUGAAGAUACUAUGUCACCAUUUUUCACUUUUGUAGUAGAAUCAUCUGCAAGUGCAACAAGAGAAUCUUACUUCAUAAACCACAGGACACUGGGGGAAUUCCUCAUUGCAAGAGUGUUUUGUAAAAAGAUGAUAUCAGAGGACUGGGAUGUAUUUACUACAGUUGAGGAAUUCAAAAAAAUACAAUAUAUACACCUCCAAAAACAAAAAGAGCCAUAUAUACCUUCCAUUUUAAGGGAGAUAUAUGAGAGACAAGAACCUAAUCUCACUGUGCAUAAUCUAGUUGAUGAUAAUGAAGAAUGUUAUGAAAAUGAUGAUAUGAAACCUGAUGCUUAUGGUUAUGAAAGGGUAUUUACCAAUAUCAGUUUUUCUGAAACUCCGCUAGAUUCUUUACGAGACUAUUGUUCAAGGUUAGUUUGUUUGGUCUUGAGGUUACAGAUAUCUAUGUGUGGUCAAUUUAUCUCAGGCUAUUUGAAGAUUAAAAAUAAAAUCACCCCUAAGAGAGCAGAACAAAUAUACUAUAUUUACAGCAUGCUAAGUACUAGCGCAGAAGUAUGGCUUCAACUAAUUACAGAAAUGGAAGAAGAUGAAAUAUUCUUAAAACAAUGCGUACCUUAUCUCAGGAUUUUCCAGUGGAAUGUUGAUCUCCAAAUCCAAGCUGACCAAAAGUUACUAAGGUAUGCCACACCACAGAGUGUUUUACUACAGUCUUCAGGAGAUUGGGAGCUUAGGUGUAUGCAAGAGUAUGUGGAUGUAUUUUCCAAGGUGCCAACAGAUAUUAACAUCCACUUUCGUGACCUCUAUUACCACAAAGAACAAAAUACUGCAAAUGUGUUACAGUGUCUGAAAAUUGUUUUAGCAGAAUGUGCAAGGUGUCACCUUACCACACUUUGUUGUCCAGUGGAUAAUGCAUGUGUGACUAUCCUCAAGAAGGCUUCUUACCUCCAGGAAUUACUUGUAAAGGUCAGUACACUCCAGGAUGCGAAAGAUCUUGCAAAAGUCACAUGUGAACUGCCGCAACUUAAAUAUCUGGAAGUUGUAUUUGAUCCAGUAAUAAUGAGUGCAGAGCCAGAGACUUUGCCAACUUUUAAUGUGUUCCAGAGACAUAGAGGAUCAAAACUAAGUAACUGUAGAAAACAAAAAAAGCCCAGACUUGAAAGAAUGCUGAAUUUUGAGCUUUUGCAGUUUAUAUCUCAUAAGUGGAAACUUCCAACAGGCCACUGCAAUUAUUUUUGUGUUCAAAGAGAAGGUAGUUCACGUAACUGUAUUGGAUGUCACCACAGUCCACACAGUCUUUUUGAUACAUACAACCAUUUUCAUGCAAUAAAAUGGCAUUGUAGCUCCAUAAAAGUUUUGAAAAAGUUGUAUUUAAUUUUAAAUAAGAUUUUAUUAUUCACUAGAGGAAAAGAUCACAGCAAGAGCUUCAAUCCAUUUGCAAGGUGGAAUGACAAGGAUGGUUUGUGGUGGUACCUACUGGUCCUCCAUGUGACUCGUGGUUUAAUGCAAGAACACAAGGAGAGCAUUGCAUUGCAUAUCAGACUUUUAAAGUUCACCCAUACUUUUGCAAACAAAGUCAAAACAGUGCCUAUCAAAUUAGUGUUCCCUGAAUCCUUUACCUUUGAUCCAGUAAAGUUUGGAGCUGCAGUGGCUAAGCUUUGUCCAAACCCACAAGGUGUAGUCAUUGCAGGGAAUACACAACAAUUGCACUGUUUUCAGACAUCAUUGAUUAUGUGCUGGAUAUAUUUUUCAGUGGCAAUUGUUGAUGAGAUUCAUUUAGUUAUGUUUGAUAAGGAUUCUAAAGACUAUAGAAUAGAUCACCUGCUCAAUAUAUUUCAUAUAAUGAGAAAAUAUGCACCCUCUAUAAAUUUUAGGACAAUGGCAUUUGGAAAAGGAACUGAUUUCACAUAAUUGAAUGUUGUACUAGACUUUUAUAACAGAAAUGAUAUUUUCUCCUACUAAGGAAAUUGAGAAAAGGAUACUGGUCACAGAAGUGCACCAAAAACCUAUCUGAUCAAAAUUUACCUGAGAGUUUCAUCACUCAGUAAGAUGUUACUUGAAAUGUUUCAGAGUGUAUAGGUCUGUGUCUAUGUCUGUGUGUGCAUGCGUGCGUGUGUGUGCGCGUGCGCGCGUGUACACGUGUGUGUGCAUGUGUGCUAUAUAUAUAUAUAAUAUAUGCACACACACACACACACACACACACACACACACACACACACACACACACACACACACACACACACACACACACACACACACACACACACACACACACACAAGGCUGCAACUUUACAGUUGAGAAGCUACAAAUAUGCUCUUAAGGGAAUUGUUGCGCAGAAUAAAAAGAUAUAUAUCAAUAUGUUUAUCAUAUACAUUUUCUGUUUCGUAUACAAUCAAAUGUUGCAAAUGAUAAUUGCAUUUCUUUAUUAUCUUUGAAAGUAUUACAUCAGAAUUUUCCUUUGUCUGUCCCAAAUCAUGAGAGGACUUCUCAGUUUUCUUGCAUGAAUUUGGAUACCCAAUGGGAAUAUGUUGAGUAAUUAUUUUAUUUUAAUGCAUUGCCGCCGGGGAAAAUGAAUAAAAAAUGGGGAAAAUGCUGUACUCAUUUUUUAUAUUUUUUGUGAAAUAUCUCUGUAUAUGGAUGGCUCUGAUAGUCCUGAUUUCACCUUUCCUUGAAUUGGUGGGAAAAAACGUAUUCUUACUAGUGCUAUAAAUAUAGAUGGUGUUAUUUGUAACAGCAAAUUAGGAUAAUGUUAAAUAUUUUCGUAAAUCGAUGAAAAGGGUGAACAGGCGAGACAGGCAGUAGUCGUACUUGGCUCACUGGUGACUUAGUACAAGUGUAGCCAUCUAUGUGUAAAAACAAUCAAACAGGUAUAGAGUAUAAUUAAAGAUAUAAUGCUAUAAAGAGUUUGAAAUCAUAUCCAGAGAUGACAGAAAAGCUCCUUGAUAUGAUGUACAAAGAAUUUGCAGCAAAACUGAACAUCUUUGAUGCUGUUGCUGUAACAUGGCACUGUGAUAGAUUAUGUUCUCAUGGUGGUACAUUGACACAAUUUUUAUGUGCAUUCCAAAUGUAUCAUUAUUCAGUGCCUAUUGUACACCACUAUAUAUAAUGACUUUAGAAAAUAGUAGAACAUGGGAUAUAUAUUUGUGGAUAUUUUACUUUUGUAGGAAGUGUAUAUACUGUACAUGUGCACAUUGUAUUUGCUACUAUGGUGCUACUUCAUACCAUUGAGUGUGAAAUAAAGAUUAAAUUAAACUUAAUGUACCACUUAUA